UUUAUCACUUUAUAUACAUUGAGAUUGAACCUACGAGUAGUAGACUAGGGGUGGCAAUGGACUCGGACGCAACCUGGAUCUUAGGAAUAGACUUGAUCCUGGUCCGGAUACAGGUCCAAAAAUUGGAUCUGGCGAAUCGUGUCCAGGCCUAAAUCUUGGACUUAAAUGCUAUUCAGAUUUAGGUCUAGGUCCCACACUAUAUAUUUGGGUUUGGGGGGGUCCGGGUUCAAAACCAGUUGGUCUGGGACCCGUUGGACCCAAACAUCGACCCGACCCACUGCCACCCUACCUUCUACCCAUUUAGCGGGACACUGUUGGUUAUUUUAUGUUCCUCUUUCUUCAGAGCAAUCACGGGGCAUUUGGGUCAUUACACUUUCAUCUUACAAUCAACCACUCGUAGCCUAUCCAUCUCUCUCCAAAUGCUCACUCUCUGCAGCUCCCCUAACCCUUCACCAAACUUGCCAGUAAACUCCAUUUAUUCCGGCCAGAACCCCAUUUCCCGGCAACUCUUAGGCCAUCUCCACCUCUCUCACACGUCGGAUUUUGGCCGAAGCCCCCAAUUCUGGCCAUUGAACUUACCUGAAAACGUCUUCAGUUCUGGCCAAAAUUCCCAGAAGCCCAAUCCAUUAACCACAAAGGCCAAAAUUCAGCGACUCGCUGGCGACCUCCGCUCCUUCCACUCACCAGAUUCCAGCCACUCGUCAGAAUUCUCUGCCGCUCUCCACGCCCUCGCCCUAAAAUCCGGCCACCUAUCUGACCUCUCAAUUGCCACAACCCUUAUCAACCUCUACUCAAAAAAUUCUAGCAACCUACAUUCCGUGCUCCAAUUAUUUGAUGAAAUCCCAUGUCCCGACCUCUUCUGCUACACGUCCACCAUCUCCAGCCUUACACGCUUAGGCCACGGGCUCAAAGCCGUAAGCCUCUUCAAAUGCAUGGUUAGCACCGGCCUUAAGCCCGAUGCACACGCAUUCACGGCCACCACCGAAGCCUGCAUGGCCUGCGGGCAGGCCACGCAACGCCAAGCAAUGGCCAUGCAGGUGCAUGCUCGUGCCUCCAAGGAGGGCUUUCUCCUGGACGAAUACGUGUUGGGCUCUCUCGUGAAGGUGUACGUGCGCACAGGCGGGGCGUGGAGCAUGCACGUGGCAGCCGGGCUUUCAGGGAGAAUUAGGGUUUUGUGGAAUCUGUUGGUCUCAGGGGUGGUGGAUGAUAGACAGAAAAUGGUGUUUUUGAGGAAAAUGCAAGAACUUGGGUGUGGAGUGGAUGAGGUUACAGUGCUGCUUAUGUUGAAGGCUUGCAAGGGUUUCAGGGCAACAAACGCCACAAAAGAGGUACAUGCCAUGAUUAUUCGCCAAGGUUUUUGCAGCCUUGAGAUCCAAACUUCGCUUGCUCACACGUAUGGAGAUUGCAGCCAAGUCACUCUUGCCACACGUGUGUAUACCUUCAUGACUACAAUGGACCUGGUCUCAUGGUCCUCAAUCAUGGCCACUUAUACAAAGAAUGGCCAUGCACUUGAAGGACUAAACUGCUUACGUAGUCUCAUCCCCAUGCAACAAACCCUAGACGCCAUAGCCAUCUCGACCAUACUUCCCAUGAUCUGUCAACUGGGUUUCUCAAAAUUAGGGCAAGAACUCCAUGCCAUGGCAUUCAGAACCCUAAUUGAACCAGAAACCCUAGUAAAAAACUCACUCAUUGACAUGUAUAGCAAGCUAGGGGACAUUGAUUCAGCCAUUAGGGUUUUUGAGAGCAUGGGGGGUGAUGAUAGAGAUGUUGUCACAUGGAAUGUUAUGAUAUAUGCACUAGGGGUGCAUGGUAGGGGAAGGAAGGCACUUGGGGUAUUUGCGGAAAUGUUGGGGGUGGGUCGGGUCAGGCCGAACAGCUCGACCCUUGUGUCAGUUUUGAGUGCGUGUAGCCAUGGUGGGCUUGUGGAUGAGGCUCAGUUUUGGUUCGAUGAGAUGGGACCAAGGUUUGGUGUUUGUGCCCAAGAUCAGCACUAUGGGUGCAUGGUGGGUGCAUUGGCACGGGCUAAACGGGUCCACGAGGUUAGGGAGUGGGCUCGAGCCAUGCCUGAGUGGGUGGGUUCGGGGGCUUGGGGAUCGGUUUUGGAGGCGGGUCGGGUGGCUGGGGAUAUAGGUGUUUGUGAGGAGGCCGUAGAGAGGCUUUUUGAGCUAGAGAGAGAUAAUGCGGCGAAUUACGUCGUGAUGGCGGAGGUAUACGCGAGGGCCGGAAGGUGGGGUGAUGUGAGAAGGGUGAGGGGGUUGAUGAGGGAGAGAGGGGUGAAGAAGCCGGCAGGGCAGAGCUGGGUUCAGUGUGGGCAUGGGGUUUAUGGGUUUGUGUCCAGGGAUAGUUGUGAUUGAUUGAAAUGCCCUUAAUCUUUGUACCGAACCAUAGCACAACAUAGAAGAAUUAUACAGAUAACCCCCCAUCCAAAAUUAGAGAUAUGCAAAAAUUGAAUGAGUCUGUAUAUUCAAGCAUGUUGAUGAUCAAA